UUCCUCUUGCGUCCACAGUUAAUCCUGUUGGAUGUGGUUUGUCCUUCUUGGUGGUAUGCUGACAUUACCCUGGAUACCGUGGCUCUUGAUACAUCACAAAGACUUGCUGUCUUGGUCACAGAUGCGCCAGCAAGACGUGCACCAACAAUUUGUCCUCUUUUGAACUCUGGAUGGUAGCGGACGGGGAAAAGACACACACCUGUGGAACAAUAUGUCUCAAAUACCUGCUUUUUAUUUUCAACCUGAUUUUUUGGUUGUCUGGUGGUGCUGUCUUGGCGGUGGGGAUCUGGACUUUGGUGGAUAAGAGUGACUACAUUAGUCUACUGUCCUCCAGUACAUAUUCUUACGCUGCAUACAUUCUCAUAGCAGCUGGAGCUGUCGUCAUGCUCACUGGAAUCCUGGGCUGCUGUGCCACCAUUAAAGAGAGCAAAACACUUCUGAUUGUGUUCUUUGUCCUGCUGCUACUAGUAUUUCUGCUGGAGAUCACUGCUGGAAUUUUGGCCUAUUGGUAUUAUCAAGAGUGUUUUCCUUUCUGCCUUGAGCUGAACGAGGAGCUAAAAACAGACCUAAAACAGACCAUGGUGGAGAAAUAUCAGCAGCCUGACGAGGACCACAUCACCAGAGCUGUAGACAAACUCCAGCAGGAUCUGAAAUGUUGUGGCAGUAACAGCUCAGCAGACUGGCAGGAGGGAGCCUGGAUUCACAAGUUUGCAGAAGGGCGGCUGGUGCCUGACAGCUGCUGUAAGACCCCCACUUAUCGCUGUGGAGUGAGAGACCACCCAUCCAACAUCUACAAAGUAGAGGGUGGCUGCAUUUUAAAAUUAGAGAAGUUUAUCCUUCAGCACUUGCUGAUAUUGGGUGCCGUGGCUAUUGGAAUUGCGUUUGUUCAGGUUUUGGGAAUGAUCUUCACCUGCUGUCUAUAUCGAAGCUUAAAGGAAGAACCCUAUUAAAACUCUAAACGCCAAAACCUACAGCCACAAUUUACAGUUCUGUCAAUCCCACAAUUUUUGUAAUUUUUGUUUUAACUAAUAUGCAAAAUGUGUAAAUAGUUUGUGUGAUGUGUGCUAAAAGCAGCAGGCCAUACUACAUGUUUUAUGGCUGCUGGGCAGUCAUUAAAAAAUAAAAGAAUAAGAAUGGCUGAUGCUUUAUCAUAGGCUGCAAACACCUCAUGGCAGUGAUAAGACAAUUUAUGUCCUGUGAGUGUUUGCAUGUAUCUCUGCUUUAGCUCUCAAAAUCCUGUCUCUUAGUCUAAGUUAGUAUUUUUAAAAACACACGUAUUUAAAUAAAUGUGUAAUGCCAAGAAUGUAUCUGUCAAUUUAGAUUUAUUUGUACACCUAGUAUCUAUUCAUUUAUUUAAAUAAACAUCUACCUAUCUUCAGUAGUCAUUUCAACAUGUCCAGUGCCACCAAGGAACACCCUAAACAAUCUACAAUCUACAUGCUGGCAUCUUUUUGGAAAGAGGAAGGAAACUGGAGUAUCAGAACAAAACCCAUGCUAAAAGGAGUAGAACAAGCACAACCUAAACAUCCUGAGCUGCUAAACAAUACACUUCAAUUGUAUCUUGCAUUUGUAAAAUGUUGGUAUAAUGAAAACAUCUGACAAGCAAAUAAAUGUAAAGUGAAAUUGA